UGUCACCUUUUGUUCACCCUCUGUGCGGCGCGGACAUUACUCGCAUAAAUGUGUGUGGUGCACGUACGUUUUAAAAUUUGUGCCAAAGCCAUAUCGCCGUUGACUUAUAAAUGACCCCGUUUGGUUUGUACUUAGCGACGAUUUUCUAGGAGCAUGAAAAUUCACCGCUCGAGGGGUUAAAGGUAGCUGGAAACGAUCGUAGCACCUGCCGUGUCGCGAAGGCUGCAUCGAUACCCGUAGAAACGGGUCGCAAACAACCAGCAAACGUCACCGUUUCCUGACGCGUUUUGUUCGUCGAGGGAAUAUACGAUUGUGCGCGUACUUGAGCGAUCGAUGCAAUUACGCUGCGUGGAAACGAUCCCGAGGAAGUUAAACGGUUACGUUUGUACGGUAUAUAUCGAUAACCUGUAGUUUGGAGCGUGGUUACAUUGUUGACUUUCUAUCGGAGAAACAAGAUUGCAGUUGCCGACUCGAGGAUCGCGUGUAGAGAGGAAACGGAGCAGAACAACGGAAUUAGUCCCGGUAACAAUUUGCUGCGUUAUCUGUGCGUGAACAAGAAUCGAUAACCGAUCGACGACCAGUGCUCGUAUAUCGAUCGACUCGCGUUUUUCUCGCGUAAUUUUCCUGCGAUUUCGACGCUGCUGCUCCGAGGUGCAUCGAUAGUACGCGCGUGCGUGCACUGCACGUUAAUUCGUGUGUCAAGUACAAUUUACGGGAUCGUUUGUAAGCAACACUCUCGACGGAGGAUUACGUUGGCAAUGUGGGAUCGCAGUUGAUCGUUUCCGGUAGCGAGAGACUUUAACGAUCGACGAAAAAACCUGUACGGACUCCCAUGUCGCACGAGCUGGCUCCCGGAGUGAAAAAAAAAGUGAACUUCUCGGUUUUUUUAUUCUCGCAACGCGAAACACAAUUUAUCGACGGUACACGAAGGUGAACGUCGGUGACUCACACGUAUAGAUUAUCGAUCUAACUUAUUCCGUUACGUUUACGAAACAGCUUUUCCAAUCGCUUUAAGACGCACACUUGAAAUUACCUUCGAUCCAAGCUGAUAGCGUUAUCGGCCGUUUUCAAGUAAAACGAAGAACGAGUUGUCGCGUGCGCGAGUUCGCACAUCUCUGUCGCGUAAUCGAUACGUUUACGAGCGUACACGUCGAUCGAUUUCAGAUUUACUUCGUGAUAGAACAAUUUCGAGUCGAUCGUCGAGGGAAUUGCGCGAGGACAGUCGUUGACCGUGUUUUGUCGUACAAAUAAAUAUACGUGUAUACGUAACACCUUGGUUAAACAGAAUUUUGGACAGUUAUACCAAUAAACAUAUCGUAUCAUUCGGAUUGCAGCAUAUUUAUCUAGAAGACGAAUUUGUUUAUAUCCGCACAACGCGCACGUGCUACUGUGUACCGUGCAUCGAAACUGUUUACUUUGAAAUAUCAUGUAUAGGUGCGUAUACGUGUGUCGUCAGCUCGUAUCGAAAGGAGUAGCAUCGAUGAAUCGCGAUAUGAAUGACGUAAUAGUGAAUCAACGGUGGGAGAGCAGCUAGCGCCGUGUUGACUAGCGUAUUGUUCACCUUACGAACGUUACAAAUGGUUCUGACGUGUGACCGGUCGGCCACCUGGUCCCGCGUGUGUCGUUCUUGCAAACGACAGUAAAGGUCACGGCUUGGCCAAACACGCAACACAUUCGACUGUGAAUCGCGCGCGCGACAAGACGUGCGGGCCACGAUGCUGCCGAAAAAGGAAGGACAACCGGAGCCUUACGCUCUGGAGGAUAUGAUCACCGAUCUUCAAGCGCGACGACACUCCCUGGACCAAGAGGACCUCGAGGAUCCUGUGGAGCUUCUCAAGAAACGCGACAGGGAUCUAGUGUUAGCCGCUGAACUCGGUAAAGCGCUCCUCGAGAGGAACCAGCAGUUGACCAAGCAGAGGGAGGCCCUCGUCGAGGAGUACGCGGCGAAAUUAGAGAGUCUAGAACAAGAGAGGCACCUACUGCGAAGAAGGCUGGAGGAAGUCAAGGGCGACAGCGAGGCGAAAACUUUGGAGCUCCAGGCAGACGUGGAGACGCUUAGGCGUCAGCUGGAGGAGCAGAAUGAACGUGCGAGACGAGCGGAACGGGAUCAAGCGACUCUCGUUACAGAGCUUACCGCUCAAAACUCGAGGUUCGCCGAUCAGCUGAGGGAAGCAGCCAAACAGGAAGAACAGUUGCUCAUCGAGGUCAAGGUGCUCAGGGAAAAGUGUGCCCUUCGAAGUACCACGCUCCAGGAUCACGUCAGCAGCUUGGAGGUUCUCAGGGACGAGGUUCAGCUGGUGUCCGCGCAACGAGCAGAAUUAGAGAGGAGGUCCUUGGAGUUGCGGGAGGAGAGGGCGAGGGCGAUGGCGGCACUCGAAGAUGCCGAGGAGAGAGCAGCGGCCUUGGAGCGGCUCGGUCACGAGGCGGAACUCCGGGCGAAACUGGCCGAACGGGAGAGGGACGAGCUAACGGCGACGUUGGCGGUCAUCGAGGAAGGAAGAAGAGGUAGAUCGAACUCGAUACAAAAACCCCCGAGGUCCCUGCUGGUCGAGAUGGAAUGCGAGGAAAACGGAAGCUCGCUGGGGGAGCAGGACGACCUACGCUCCGAGGUGGCCAGGGCGAUGAAGCGUUUGAAGGAGCUGUGCGUUCACCUGAGACGAGGGGAAGACGACUCGGGGCUGCAGAGCGACUGCGACGAGUCCAUGCUCGUGAUCGUGAACAACACCGCGGAUGCAGAGGAGGUGACCACCAACGGGCAGGAGACCCUCCCGAGCUCGGCAAACUGUCCUGGUGCUUUGCUGGACCUCGUAGAGGACGUCUAUAAUUUAGCCAUGUCCGGAAGGGGAGCUCCUGGAGAAUUAGGUCUAGCGGUGGAGCUCCACAGGGUACGCGAGGAGCUGGAGCAAGCUAAGGAACAACAGAAGCAGACUCAGGAAGAGCUGAAGAGACGCGGAGAGCUUCUGCUCGACACGACGAGUAAGCUGAGCGUGUGCGAGGCCGAGUUGCGCGGCGUGAAAGAGGAACGUGACAGAGCUCGCGGCGACAUGGAGCACUCGCAGCUGACCAAGGACGAGGUCCUGGCCCAGGCUUAUAAAGUCAGGGAUCAAGCGGUGGCUAGAAAGAACAGGGCCGAGGUGGAGCUAGCUAGGACGAGGAUAGACGUUCUCCAGGCUAACAGCCAACUGAUGGAAGCCAUCCAGCAAAAGGUCGAGCUUAGUCAGCAGCUCGAGCAGUGGCAGAUGGACAUGCAGUCCCUGUUGGACGAACACGUGCGAAGCAAGCUAACGCCCCUCGCGAACGCCAUCAGCACCUUAAACCCCGACAACGGGGAAAUCGUUCCUCCGGCGAGGAAGAAGCGGAGCAGUAGCGCGUCGAAGAAGAUGUUCGGUUUCUUUUGACGAAAAUGAAUGUCCUCGUGGCGUGAAACGAAAUGAAAUGGACACCGGUGCACGGUGAGAGACGAAGACUGGCGCUCGAAGGACCUAGGUUUCUUCCUGCGUCUACGUCGCGACGUCGACGUAAUUGGGGACCAUUUGACCUCGCGGUCGCGUUCAGGGACUGCCGAUUCGAAUUCGAGGAGUCGCGACAUUUUCAAAGAUGCGCGAUAUUUUCGGGGGCACCUCGAUAAAAUUCUCGACGGUAGAUUUUUGGUGUUUCAAUCGCGUGGAGAGUCGCGGAGUGUGCAGUCCAUUCCGACGUGCUGGGGUCUGAAGCGAGGAAAGAGAUUUCUUCUCUAAUGCGAGACGAAUGCAUCUAGGAAGGAAAGCGAAGAGUAAAUCGGUCAGCUCGAGCCUUCGAAGCGGUUGGUUGUAGCGAAACGUACCUAAGCGCUUGUUUUCCCUUCGCGCUGAUGUUUGAAGAGCGACUGGUCAUUCCGGUAAUCGCGGUACGGGCUCGUUACCUUUGCAAGAACGAUCUCUAAGUAGCGUCAACUCGUAAAGAUCUCUUCUGGUUCGCGGGUUCAAACUUGCUAGUAUCGCGAGUGAUGCGUUUGAGAGAAACUGACGGACAUGCCGAUUGUUUUUCUGUUAUCUGGCGAGAUUCGAGGCGGCCCGAAGGAAGUCGUGGGGCUGCAAAUCCAACGCCGUUUGUGAUAGACCCGUGUCUUACGUUAGGUUUACGAGAAAGUGAAAUUUUGUUAUCGUUGAUUGUGAUAUGGAUAUUUUAUGACUGUUACGGUGAAUUCAACGGUCGCAUUUAUGACGUUACGGCGCUAUUGCCCGUCGCCGAUGAACAGAAACUUGAUUAGAAAAAAAGAAUCGAUCACAUCGAUUAAGCAUGCACGAGAGAAUGCUUUUGUUUUCGCGUUCUUGUAUUUUUCGAAUCUAAACGCGUAGGAUCACUUCGGCGGUAGUCGAACGAAUUAGUUACUUCCAAAUUUUAGUCAUGGAUUUAUCGUUUAUUUAUGUGUUAUUUAUUUUGUAAAAAAAU